AUGAGGCCUGUCGAUGAUACAAUUUACGCCAUCGGCGCUGAGCGCAAAGGCGAGAGUCAUAGGGUCUACGCUGUCAAACGCGUUUGCCAGAACAACGGCGUCUAUGACCUGCGGUUCGGGUCUCGAGGCAGCGGCGCCGGGGGAGAGGACAAUCUCAUGUUUCUCAGUCCCGGUGAGCCUCUCACUCGGGAGCAGACGAGGUAUUUGCGGAAGCUGGUCGGACGAGAGAUGGAGCUGAGCGAGGAUGCUUCUUUUGAAUGCGUCGUCCGGUACAAGGAUUUCAUCGAAGAGUUCGGCGACAGAAAACAGGCGAUUCGUCAGAACACUACCCUACCGUGUGCGCUUGUCAUGAAUAAGCUCGAGUUCGAGUGGAGCGGCCUCCUGGCCGACGACAUAUUACGAAAGCUUCAGGAUACUGAUAUCGUCAACGUGGCCGUGGACAUGCUCUCCGCGCUUACGUACCUCCACGCCCUGGGCAUCGUCCACGGAGACGUCCGGCCGCAAAAUGUGGUCCCGUACAGGGACACCACUCAACCCCAUGGAGACUGGCAUAGGCAGCAUAGAUACAGACUCUCCGGCCACGGGCUCGUGCCGGCCAUCUUUUCCAAGUGGGCGGAGUCUCCCGGCGAGAUGUAUACGGCGCCCGAGUUCGCGGGAAGAGGCCGAUACAAGCCGACGCGGGAGAGCGACGUAUGGAUGCUCGGGACGAUGUUGCAGGAGCUCCACGAAUCCCGGUAUAAACGCAUCCCGCAGCCCAUCAGUGCGUAUUCGGAGUUUCUGACGAGAAAGGGAGCCUGCGAGUACCCGGCUAUGCGGGUUUGGCAUGACUGGCUUGAGGCGCUGGUGGCCAAGUUGCUGCAGGACAAGCCGGGAGAUCGGCCCCGGGCAGAGGACGCGUUGACGGGCCUUCUUGAGGAGAAGUUCAGGGCUACUGAGGGUGGUCAGGUGGGUGCUGAGAAGAGGGAGAUGAAGGAGACUAUCAAGAAGGCCAAGGCGGAGAGAUGGCGGGCAACUACGAUGGGAAAACACAACCUCGCUGGCGUUCCGGAUCAAGCCGGAAGAGCAAACAGAUACACGACUACGGGCUUGAAGAGAGAUGGGUACCAGAAGAAUGUUUACGAGUUGCACGGCGGUCACCAGUUAAAUGCGGAACAAGGUCAGAGCAACUUGAUGUUCAUCAAGUUCGUCGGCCGCAGCCCCGAGGAAAAGAGUGAACUUGAGCGAUUUGCGAAGGAAGAAGUUUCCCUGGGUGAAGAUAUUGCUUUUGAGUCAGUUGUCCGUUACAAGGACUACAUUGAAAAGAAAAACAUGCUGGUGGUCGAAGAAGCAAAUUGGAAGGGCAUCGAGCCUCGAACGUACAUAUCCGAUGAAGAGCUUAUGGUUUUGGCCGUGGACGUGCUUUCUGCGCUGACGUAUCUUCAUGAUCGACACCAAGUGCACGGGUAUGUCCAUCCCAGCAACAUCAUCCGUUUUAAGCGUCCUGCAACGGAGCAUGGAGACGAACCCUGGGGAUACAAGCUCAUCGGGCAUGGGCUUGUGCCAAAGGUCAUGUGGACUUGGAAUGAUAUCCCUGGAGACCAGUUCACCCCGCCAGAGUUCCGUGGUAAGAAGAGUGAGUAUCAGCCGUCUGAGGAGGGCGAUGUGUGGAUGCUCGGGCAGACUUUGGCUGAACUGCACUCCCGGGCUGGAGGAUGCGACAAGCACCGGCAUGGUCAGCUCCACGACUUGCUAAAGAAGAUGCUGAAGCCGACGCCUGGCGAAAGGAUGAAGGCCCAGGUUGCACUUAAUACAAUUGUCGGCGAGUAUUUGAAGAAUAUAUAUUCAUCCAUGACAGUGGCGUUGGCGCCUUUGGAGGAAGCCAAGAAGAGGGCGAGGGAAGAAAGAAGGGGAAGUUGGUAUAAAGCUAACAUCAGAAAUGACCAUCUCCACGACCGCUCUAGCUCCCGAAGUGUCGUCACACCCGCGCCGGUGCUCAACAUCGCCACGCAUUGA